UUUGUACUCCACAAUCCGCCUUUUGAGAAUCAUAAAAAUCCCUGCAAAACUUCUCUAUCUUAAUCAUCAUCUUCACCGGCGACGACCAUCGGGCCGGUGAAAUGAACAUUCCAGCGACUGAUUCUUCACAAUCCGCUCGCACUCUUCGCAUCUCCGAUCAUCGCCGUCAUGUAUUUCACGAAAAGCUCUGAUCCGAAAUCCAUUUCCUCGUUCGCUUAGUUACGAAGUUAUCCGCGCUAGUUCCAUGGAAUUUCGGGGAAAGAUGAAGAUUCAGCCUAUUGAUAUCGAUCCUCCAAAUGGAAGGGUUGGCAUUCGUAAUGAUCCAGGCAAGCCGAUGCUGAAAUCGCGUUUGAGAAAGCUCUUCGAUCGGCCGUUUCCGAAUGUUCUAAAGAAUUCUUCAGCGGAAAAGCCCAUAGCGACUGGAGAGGCCGCACAGCUCAUCGUCAAUAAAGAUGGAGUGGGUGAGUUCGAGCCGAGCUCCAUCUGUUUGGCUAAAAUGAUUCAGUGUUUUAUAGAGGAGAGCAACGAGAAGCAGUCGUCAGUGGCCACUGCUAUGAAAAAUGGUCGCAAUCGCUGUAAUUGCUUCAACGGAAACAGUAAUGACAGUUCCGACGAUGAGUCCGAUGACUUUGGUGAAUCUGUAACAAUCGGAUCAUCUGGUGCGGAUGUUUCCGAUUUACUCAAGAGUCUGAUUCUCUGCGACAGUGUAACCGAGAGAAAUCUCUUAGCGGACACCGCAAAGAUUGUUGAGAAGAACAAUAAAAUUCACAAAAUGAAGAACGAUUUGAGAAAAGUUGUCACGGAUGCGCUUACAUCUCUCGGUUACGAUUCUUCAAUCUGUAAAUCAAAAUGGGACAAAUCUCCUUCAUAUCCUGCAGGGGAAUAUGAAUACAUCGAUGUGAUGGUGGAGGGCGAGAGAUUGGUGAUAGACAUAGAUUUCAGAUCGGAGUUUGAGAUCGCUCGUUCGACUGGUGUGUACAAGGCGAUGCUCCAAGUACUUCCGACUAUCUUCGUCGGCAAAACGGAUCGUCUAGGUCAAAUCGUCUCGAUCGUAUCGGAGGCGGCGAGACAGAGCUUGAAAAAGAAGGGGAUGCACUUUCCGCCAUGGAGGAAAGCCGAAUACAUGAGAUCCAAAUGGCUUUCCUCUCACAUCAGAUCCAAACCUCCAAAUCCAUCGCAAAACGAGAACGAAAUCACGGACGAGGUCCGAAGCGACAAUAGCGAGCAAUCCUCGAUAGAAACGGAUUGCGGAGAAUUCGAAAUGAUUUUCGACGAGGAAACGACGACGACGACAUCACCUGAGAGUGAUUCGAUGAAAUCAUCGCCUCCGCCGCAGAAAUGUUUUAAUGGCGGUGAGAAGGCGGCUGUGGCAGUGACGGCCUGGCAACCUCCGGCGAUCAAACCGAAGAGUCUCGAUAAAGGAGCGAAGAUCGUUACUGGAUUGACAUCGAUCCUCAAAGAGAAUCCGUAGAAAUUUUGUUUAUUUUUUUGUAUUGAAAAUCUAAAAUAUCAUAAACAAAAGAAAAAAAAAA